UCGACAGAGUGUACUCAGCCCUCUAUCGCAGUACCGUUUAGGCCUCCGCAGAUCACCGUCUCCCCUCCUUCCCCGCCGCGACCACCAACACGUCGAUCCAUUCGCUCAGCCCGUUGCAGCAAGCAUCUUGCUACUCGCGAGGACGUUGUGUCCUCUCUUCUGGACUUGAGCAUGCUCCAGGCUCGUCAGGAGCGACUCACCCUCCAUGUCGCUGCACUGUGUCGCCUUCUCGCCAUCCUCUCUGACACUGAUGGCACCCUCCCGAUCAUCCCCGUACGACUCGGGACCUCCACGAGGGUGUACUCAGCACUGUGGGAUUCCGGUUCUCAGGGCGACUUCAUUCACCCACGCGUGGUGAAGGAAGCCCGCUUACCCACGACAGGGUCUCCGACUCCCAUCUUCGUUACCCUAGGGGAUGACAAGACCCAGCGCUUCUUCGAUCAGACGGUCACCGACCUCCCCUUCUUCCUCACUCUCGAGACGACUGAGCGUUCCCCGGCGUCUCGUCGCCACCGCUCCUCUGCACAUUUCGAUGUGAUGGAGACGGGGUACGACUUCAUUCUCGGCACUCCGUGGUCUCGUCGGUUCCGCAGCACCGAGGCCGAUUGGGAGACCAACACUCUCGUUCUCAAAACGAAGUGUGGACAGACGUAUCGCGUACCUUUCAUAGGUACAACAACGAUACUACGCCCCGAUCCUCCUCCCCCGGAGCCUUCAGUGCCCACACCAUCUCCCUCUAUCACUGUCACCUCGCCUCGGCAGUUCGCUCACUUCAUUCGACAGGACGACGUCACCUUCUUUAUGGUGGACGUGACGGAUCUCUUACACUAUGAUCCACCCUUUCGUGACCUCAUCCGAGAGUACCACGACGUUUUCCCAUCGUCGUUCUCGUUCGCCGGCAUCCCACCGAUGCGUGACGUCGAGCACUCCAUUCAGCUCGUGCCUGACUAUCGUGUUCACCACCAGGCACCCUACAGACUCUCGAUGCCCGAGGCCACCGAACUCAAGCGUCAGCUUAAGGAGCUCCUGAGACUGGGUUUCAUUAAACCUAGCAACUCCUCGUGGGGUGCACCCGUCCUCUUUGCUCGCAAAGCGGAUGAAACUCUUCGUCUCUGCAUCGUCUACCGCGGCCUCAACCGUUACACGGUUAAGAACAGCUACCCCAUGCCUCGUUCCAAUGAGCUGUUCGACCGCCUAGCAGGCAACUGCUUCUUUCUGAAGAUUGAUCUUCGUAGCGGUUACCAUCAGAUCUGGGUUGCUGCAGCCGACCAGCCGGAGACCGCGUUCCGAUCGCGAUUCGGCCACUACGAGUUCACGGUGAUGCCAUUCGGCCUCACCAACGCACCCGCUACCUUCCAGAGGGCGAUGAACAACAUCUUCAGGGACAUCCUGGAGCAUGCACGUGAGGUCGCCGACAUCGUAUUUGACCGAGUCGUGCGUGACCACGGCUUACCUCUGAGCAUCAUAUCUGACCGUGACCUGCGCUUUACCAACCGAUUCUGGAGACGGCUCCACGAGGUGUGCGACACUCAGCUCCGCUUCUCCUCGUCUUACCAUCCUCAGACUGAUGAUCAGAUCGAGAUCACGAACAGGACUCUCGGGGAUAUUCUCCGAAAGAUUGUUCGUGACGACCAGCAGUGGGAUCUCCAUCUUGCCCACGCGGAGCUAGCCUACAACCAUGCCGUCUCGCCAACCACGGGGAUGUCGCCUUACUAUUGCGACCUCGGCUAUCACCCGCGUGUUCCCGCGGACUUCCUUCGACCGUCCCAGAUGCACCCCGACACGAGUUGUCCCUCGCUGGAUGAUUGGGUUGUACACAUGACGUCGAUCAUGAAGACCGCACAUGAGCACAUAGCCGCUUCCCAGACUCGCAUGGCUGCACGUGCGAACCGAUCGAGGAUGAACCAUCCAUUCAAAGUCGGUGAUGAUGUGCUUAUCGACGCCCGCCACUUACAGCUCGAAGUGGACACGCUUCGCAAGUUUCGGCAUCGCUUCUUUGGCCCAUGCCGCAUCCUCCAGGCCGUCGGUUCUGAUACGGCAUCUAGCCCGGUCAGCUUUCGUGUGAAGCUGCCCGACUACCUACGCCAGGCUCGUGUGCAUGAUGUCUACCACGUCUCGUUACUGCGUCCUUACCGCAGACCGUCUGAGCGUUUCGCUGAAUGACCAUACGAGCGCCCUCCACCCAUC